AAUUCCUGUACCCGACGCCUCUCCCACUCCCUCUUCCUCUUUCUGGACCUCAACACUGCGUCCCCUCCUCUGAAUAUAUAUAAAUGACACGCAACCGCAUUCUAUCAUUUCGAACUUCAAUCCCCUCCGCCGAAACAGAAAGCGCGAGUUUUCUCUCUGUCUCUGCAGCGGUACGGUUUCCUCGAAGAUCAGAAAUGGUAACUUGCAGCAACGCCGCCCUUCCGAGCUACAGUUGCUCCUCGCCUGCCGAUGAUCGCCGAUUCUCUAAGCAAGUUUACGAUAACGUUCACGGAAACAUCUAUCUCGAUCCUCUUUCUCUGAAGUUUGUGGAUACAGAACAGUUUCAGAGGCUUCGGGAUUUGAAGCAACUUGGCCUUACUUACUUUGUUUACCCGGGGGCUGUGCACUCUCGCUUUGAGCAUUCACUUGGUGUCUAUUGGCUGGCUAGUGAUGCUAUAAACAGACUUAAAGCCAGUCAAGGUUCAGAGCUUGGCAUUGAUGCAUUUGAUGUUCAGACAGUGAAACUUGCUGGAUUACUGCAUGAUGUCGGUCAUGGGCCAUUCAGCCACACGUUUGAGCGUGAAUUUCUUCCUCGAGUUCUUAAUGGCAUCAAAUGGUCCCAUGAAGAUAUGUCUUUGAAGAUGAUAGACUACAUUGUUGAUAAACAUACCAUUGACAUUGAUUCUGAGAAGCAUAAGAAAGUGAAGGAAAUGAUAAUUGCUUCUGAGAGUGAUCAAUCUAAUAGCUUGAAAGAAAAGCAAUUCUUGUAUGAUAUUGUUGCUAAUGGGCGCAAUGGCAUAGAUGUUGACAAAUUUGAUUAUAUAGCCCGUGACUCUCGAGCUUGUGGUCUUGGUUGCAAUUUCCAGUUUGAAAGAAUUUUCGACACAAUGAGGGUUAUGGACAAUGAGAUAUGCUACCGUGCAAAGGAAUAUCUUACUAUCCACAAGCUAUUUUAUUCACGGGCUGAUUUGCAUCGAACAGUUUAUAUGCAUGCAAAAGUGAAGGCUAUUGAACUGAUGAUUGUUGAUGCCCUGCUCAAGGCAAAUAAUUAUCUUAAAAUCACAUCCUAUAUUGAUGAACCAUCUCAAUACUGGCAGUUAGAUGACACAAUAGUGAAAACUAUUGAAACCAGUUCUUGUCAAGAACUGAAGGAAUCCAGAGAUCUCAUCCUUAGAAUUCGAAGAAGGGACUUGUACCAGUUCUGUAAUGAGUUUGCUGUACCAAAGGAGAAGCUGGAGCAUUUCAGAAAUGUCACUUCUCAAGAUAUAAUUUGUUCCCAGAACUCUGAUGGAAGUGCACCUAUGCUAAAGGAGGAAGAUAUCGUUGUAACUAAUGUCAAAAUUGAUUUGACUCGCGGAAGAAAAAAUCCGCUUGAAUGCAUCAAAUUUUUCAAGGAUUUUGAAAGUAACGAGAAGUUCCACAUCAAAGAUGAUCGUGUCAGUCACUUGCUUCCAGCAUUUUAUCAGGACAUGAUCGUUCGAGUUUACUCCAAAAAGCCUGAUCUGGUGGGAGCUGUGUCGGAGGCCUUCGAGAACUUUCAGCUCAAAACAUAUGGGACAAAAACCCAAGUGCAUGCUACGCCUGAUAAGAAGAAACGCCCAAGGUAUAUAUAGUCAUGACCUGGUGGGGCUUAUAUUUUCAGGAACAUAGACAUGCACCAAAUCAGAUAACACUAAUCCUCAGUCUCACUAUUAGAUGUUUAAAAGAACGUAGGUGUACAAUUAAUUGUACUGUAUAUAUUUGUCCCCCGGUCCGUCUUUAGUUGUAAUCAUGGUAGUUGUUGAUCUGACUGACGCUCUUCUAAUACAGAUUAAUGUUUUUCACUUUAUAUAAA